AGUGACCAAAGCAUCUGAGAAGUCAACAAGACAGCUCCACACACACUUUACACGCACUCACCCCUCUCCCUCCAGAGAUAUUCUCAUCGGACUGUAAUUCCUCCACAUUCUUCUUCACAAACAAAUCGCCGCCGCACUCCGGCGCCGGAAACGUUAAUCGGAGGCUUCUUCAGCGAUGGAGGAUUACUUGCAGUUAUUCGUGGAGGAAACGUCGUGGUACAACGACAUUGUCCUGGGUUCGCUGUUGCCGGCGAAUUGGUUGGCCCCACUCCCUCACUUCUUCAGAGGAUGGCUCCGAAAUUACAUUGGAGGCACCUUGCUCUAUCUCAUUUCCGGGAUCUUAUGGUGCUUUUAUAUUUACUACUUGAAGCGCAAUGUCUAUCUUCCCAAAGAUGCGAUUCCUUCAAAAAAUGCGAUGCUUUUACAGAUAGGAGUUGCGAUGAAAGCUAUGCCGUGGUACUGUGCUCUUCCAACAAUGUCGGAGUACAUGAUCGAACAUGGUUGGACUAAAUGCUUUUCGAGGAUAAGUGACGUCGGUUGGAUUGCCUACUUUUGUUAUCUGGCGGUGUAUCUCGUAUUUGUCGAGUUUGGAAUAUACUGGAUGCACAGAGAGUUGCAUGAUAUAAAACCUCUCUAUAAGUAUCUUCAUGCCACGCAUCACAUCUACAACAAGCAAAAUACACUUUCCCCAUUUGCUGGUUUGGCUUUCCAUCCGAUCGAUGGCAUACUGCAGGCAGUACCCCACGUCCUAGCUCUCUUCCUAAUACCAACGCAUUUCACUACACACAUAGCACUGUUAUUCAUUGAGGCCAUAUGGACAGCGAAUAUCCAUGACUGCAUACACGGGAAAUUAUGGCCUGUUAUGGGUGCAGGAUACCAUACCAUACACCACACCACUUAUCGCCACAAUUACGGCCACUACACAAUAUGGAUGGACUGGAUGUUUGGAACUCUUCGCGAUCCAGUCGAAGAUGAAGCCAAGAAGAUUUAAUGUCUGUUCGAUUUGGUCGUUCGUUUUUAGAUUUCCCUUUUUUUCUUUUUUUUGGGCUUUCGAUGUACAUUUUGAUGAUCUGUGGUUGAAGUUUUCAAUCUAGAAACUUUUCUGGGUAAGAAAAGACAGAUACUUGAGUUGCAUAUGUGAUAUGACUUUUCUUCUCAUGUAUUUUGUUUCAAUCUUUCUCAGACUGAUUAUUCAAUGUUUUUUUAAAGUUAAUAAAAACUGUUUC